ACACAGCAAGAAGCCCCACAAAGCCCAGGAGAGGCUCUGUUUUGGUCCCGAGGAGUGAACACUUCCCUGGUAGAUUUGUUUUUGCAGAAGUACCUGGGCGCUGUGGCAGCUCUGCGGACCCUGGGUUAGGGAGGGAGUACCCCACAUUCCCAGAGGUGCCCACUCAUGUGCAGUUAUUCCCUUAAAGCCCCAGCUCCUGGAGUCACUCCAUCCCUGCAGGAGCUUGGCUUUUGCCAAAGACCUCACUGCUGUGGGCAGUGAAGGAAGGCGUUUGCGAGGGAACACAGAGCAGAGAAAGCCCAAAGGUGGGUGUGCAAAUAAACCCUUCUCACCUCGAGGUUGCCCUGAAGAUGCACCUUGUGGCCCUCAGGUAACCUCACCUGUGGUGGAGGAGGGUGUAGGGGCAUUGGGAAGGGGGAAAAUCCCUCUUGUGUGGUUAGGAGCAAAUUGGGUGCCGAUGAGCUGCUCUCUAAAUCCUUCCUGCCCCAGAGCCAGGGCCCCUGAGGGGAAAAUCCAGCCCUGGCAUGGCUGGGGAUGAGCAGGGCUGUGACAGAGGAGCAGGUGCUGAAGGGUUAACAGGGAGUGUUUGCAGCCAGUCCCUUGUCACCAAGGAGAAGGGAUCGGCCCUUGGGAAGGAAACAAAACACCACUGCCCCGGAGGGUGAUUUCCUCUCCCCGAGCAGCAUUACAGCCCUGGGACCCCAAAAGGGCUCUGGGCAGUAGGACAGUGUCACCACCCUGGGUGGCAGGGAGCAAGCAGCACCAGUCUUAUGGCAGGAUGUGGGGGGCAGCAGGCACGGGGCCGCGGAGCAUCCGUCCCUACCAGUCCAGCGAGCAGUACCUGUACGCCAUGAAGGAGGACCUGGCAGAGUGGCUGAAGGAGCUCUAUGACCUUGACAUCGAGGUGGGCACCUUCGUGGAGGUGCUGGAGACGGGGGCUGUGCUUUGCUCCCACGCCAACCACGUCACGCAGGUGGCCGGGGAGUUCGCCCGCGCCUGCCCCAGCGUGGCCCGGCACCUCCACCUGCCCACUGCCGGAGUCACCUGCAACCUCACAGCACAGCCAGGCACCUUCCAGGCCAGGGAUAAUGUCUCCAACUUCAUCCAGUGGUGCAGGAAGGAGAUGGAUAUCAAAGAUGUCCUGAUGUUCGAGACAGAGGACCUGGUGCUGAGGAAGAACGAGAAGAACUUCGUGCUGUGCCUGCUGGAGCUGGCACGCCACGCUUCCCGCUUCGGAAUGCGCGUCCCGACCCUGGUGCAGAUGGAGGAGGAGAUCGAGGAGGAGCUCCAGCAGGAGCUGGACCUGCCUCCCACCGGCACCACCCUGCCCCGGCCCCCCAGGAAACCACGGGACCUCAACAACCUCGACCAGAUGGUCCAGCAGCUGGUGAGCCGCUGUACCUGCCCCGUCCAGUUCCCCAUGAUCAAGAUCUCUGAAGGGAAAUAUCGUGUGGGGGACUCUGACACCCUCAUCUUUGUCCGGAUCCUGCGGGAGCACAUCAUGGUGCGGGUCGGGGGCGGCUGGGACACGCUGGAGCACUACCUGGACAAGCACGACCCGUGUCGCUGCACCUCGCUCUCUCACAAACAAGCCUGGAAAGCCCGGAGCCCGCAGCAGCAAGUGCAGCACGAGGUCCGGCUGUGCCCGGCCCCGAAGGCGGCCGCCCGCAGCCCCCAGCCCGCGCUGCUGGUCAGCCGCUCCCAGAGCCCCCUGCCCCCCGUCACCUGGGGGCUCCGUGUCCCCCCCGGCUCCCGGUCCCCUGCCACCCCCUCGCCAGAGGGCUCCGGUCGUCAGCCGGGUGCCAGCCUUCACCAGGAGCCAGCGCAGCCCCGGAGAGUCCCUUCGGGCAGGAUGCGGGAGCCGCCACCCGCUGUCCCUUUGGUCAGGCAGCCGCCACCAUCCCGGUCACCCGCUCGAUCCAGCUCCCCUGGGCACAGAGCGAGGGGCCGGGCACCCACCCCGCCCCGGCUGAGCUUCCCGAACGGCGCGGGGGUCCCCAGGGCACCACAAGGGACCAGCCCAGGGAAAACCCCCCCUGUGGCACCGGCACGGGGCAGGUCCGCAGCACCCAGCCCGCGGACAGUGCCAGCACCGCCAAGAAGCACCCAGCAAGGAGGAAAAUCAUCUGUGGUGGCUGCCAGGCCACAGGAAGCGGGGACACCCACCACAGUGACACCCCGAGCCCCCAGUCCCCUAAAGGUCCAUGCCCCCAGUCCCCUAAAGGUCUGCGCCGCCUCCUCGCACCGGGAUGCCCCGGGAGACCCACAGAGCCCACGGGAAGGGAGACAGGCAGCCCUUGGCCGGGGCCGACAGCCCUCACCUCGAAAUUCCUCCAGCCAAGCCCCGACACUGGACAGCAGCGUUAAACCCCCCAUCAAAGCCAGCCCGGCCUCCUCCCGGCCCCCCACCCCUCUGGCCCAUCCUGCAGAGGGGUGCAAGGUCUGCGCUGCAGGGGAGGGUCCCCAGGGGACACGGCAGUGCCACCCAGCCCCGAGCCCGAGGGCUGCGGCUGCUGAGGGACCUCGGGCGCCAGCGGAUGAGGGCGGGGGAGCCUGCGGCCCUGGCAAUGGGGCUGCGGGGCUCCGGGGCUGCUGUGGGAACCCGCAGCCCCUCGGCUAUGACAGGGUGGUGGAGGAGCUCUCCCGCGGGUGGCAGCCCCUGCGCCCUGUGGGGAUGGGGAGCCAGGUCCCCAAAACACCCGCACGAGCUGCCCCAGACCCGGGGGAGGCAGAGGGGCCGGGCGUGGGGGACCAGACCCCGCGGGGACCCAGGGCGAACAAUGUCACCAAGCCCCGACGGUGCCUGAAGAAGCCCGAGCGUGUGCCCUCCAUCUACAAGCUGAAGCUGCGGCCCAAGGUGCGUCCCCGGCGGGACCACAGGCCGGGCAAGCGCCCCUCGCGCAUCCCCACCCCGCUGGGGCAUCGCCCCCCUGUCCCCCGGGGCCAGCACCGGCCCCCGGGGCCACCCCGAGCCCCCCAGACCGGCAGCACACGUCCCACGGCCAAGCCCUCCCUGGGUGACAGCGGCGCCUGGCUGACGGAGGAUGAUGAGGAGUCGUGGGUCUGAGCCCAGCCCGAAAGUCAGUGGGGACGGACGGACGGACGGACGGACGAGCUCCUCCCUCCAAAGGUGGGAGCGAUGCUGAAGCUGAAGCCGGAGCUGCAGUGCCCGAGGUUUCCAAGGGCAGAACGAUGGGAUAGCUCCCAGACCACCUGGGGGGUCCCACCUCGCUCUCUGGAGCUGCACCCUCUCCUUCCCCAUGGAUUUUUUUCUGUGCUGGUAAUCCUGCUAAGCAGACAUUUUUGUACUGGUUUGGGUGGGAAAGUCCAGCCCCAAACUGAGACAAUGGGAUGCCUUCUGCAGGAGGAAGGACACCCCACCCUUGACAUCCACCCAAACCAUCUCAUACCUCAGUGUUCCCCAUCUGCACCAUGGCACAAACGAGCCUCAUGUCCGACAGCACCAAGAGCCUUCAUGAGUGCUUGGGUCACUUGGGUCAGGGGGUCACAGAAGGGGACCCCAUGGGAGAACCAGGGUGGCCGUGGUGCCCUCUGGGGUGAUGGAUGUCACCGAGGGUCACAGCAGGCCCUGCUGCACCCCCAGCCCACAGCCACGGACCCCGCAGUGCUGUUUGUGCAAUAGAGAUGUAUCAAAGCUCUUCUAUUUCCACAUCUUUUCUGUGUGAGUGGGGAGAGAGAGAGGAUAAUCCUGAUGUGGGCACAGCAAACGUCCCUCUGAGAGCCCCACAGGGCCCAGGAGAGCCCCAUUUUCCAAGAG